UUUGGUGCAGAAUUUCGAAGGUUUUCCCUGGAUCGUUUCAAACCAGGGAAAUUUGAAGACUUCUACAAACUGAUUCUUCACAUCCACCACAUAUCCAACAUGGAGGUGAUGAUUGGUUAUGCCGAUAUACAUGGAGAUCUCCUUCCUAUUAAUAACGACGACAACUUCUUCAAGGCUGUUACAAGUGCAAACCCGCUGCUUAGGAUUUUUAUACAAAAGCAAGAUGAAGCAGAUUACGGCAACUUUGGUUCAAACACCUUAACCAGGAAAAAGAAAGCUCUGGUGACCCUCCGGAAUGACAACCUUCGCAGACGCCCCCAUGUUAAUAUCAGCAUGCCUCAGGAUUUUAGACCCGUGUCUUCCAUCAUUGAUGUGGACAUCCUACCUGAAACUCAUAGGAGAGUGAGAUUGUAUCGACAUGGGUGUGAGAAGCCACUAGGGUUCUACAUUCGUGAUGGGACCAGUGUCAGAGUAACUCCUCAUGGGCUUGAAAAAGUACCUGGCAUUUUCAUCUCUCGGAUGGUUCCUGGUGGUUUAGCUGAGAGUACAGGCUUGUUGGCUGUCAACGAUGAAGUCCUGGAAGUGAAUGGCAUAGAAGUGGCCGGGAAAACUCUUGAUCAGGUAACGGACAUGAUGAUUGCCAAUAGCCAUAAUCUUAUCAUCACAGUCAAGCCAGCGAACCAAAGGAACAAUAUUAUCAGAAGCAGUCGGAUGUCUGGGAGUUCUGGCCAGUCUACAGACAGCACUGCGAGUCAUCACAGUUUGCCUUCUUCUCAUGUCCUGCAGAACUUCCACCCUGAUGAAAUGGAGAGUGACGAGGAUGCUGACAUUGUAAUUGAGGGCUGUCUGGAGCCACAGCCCAUUCCGAAAUCGCACAGCCUUCCUUCUGGUAGCCUUUCCCGAAUUAACGGCAGCAGUCUUAGCCAAAGACUACAGAGGGACCUGGUACUCAACAACAGCUUGGGACGAGAAAGCAACGGCAAUAUUCACAAAAUUCUGAGUUCCUUAAAAACUGAUCCUCGUCAUAGCUUGGUAAUUCCCAAAGGAGGCAUUGAGGAGGACGGAACGGUGAUCACACUUUAGUGGGUGCUUCCGUGUGUGUGUGUGUUUCUUGUCUGAAGUGCCAACUGGAACAAAUCUAUACACAUCCCGAAGAGAGGGAAUCUUAAUUCUCUUAGACCUUCUGAGGUGUGACACACGUGUUGCUUUCUGGACAUGGUGGUAUUCAGGAUUAUACAUAAAAGUGCUGCCUAUUGCAACCCAUGACAAAUUGUAAAUAUGGUUUCUGCUCCUAGGGUCAGAAUGAGGGAAAGUAAAGAUUGCUGCAUUUUUAAAAAAGAAUCCCAUCUAUGAAAGUAUGUCUGCUGCAUGUAUGGAUAUACGCUGCAAUAUAUACAUGUAAACUGUAUAUAUUUUGAUGAUUAAUACAACAGACACAGUAAACAUGGAAUGGGCAUUCAUAAAUUAGUCUUUGAGGGGGAAACUACUAUUAAGGAUUGCAUCCAACAGGGUUGCUCAGUCAGGUUUCUGUCAGCUGAACAGGGAAAUCCUUAUUCCCUCUUCCUACAAUGCCCCCCCAAAUCUGUUCUGGGGGGUUCCCGAGUUCUCGAGCAGAUUUAGGAAGGGGAAAUUGCUGACUGCUCCAGUAUACUGACCAAAGCCUUACCAUAAGUUGAAUAGCAUGAUUGGAUACAAUGCAAUGUGUUUAAAUUUUGAAAUUUUACUUUCUGCCAUUAUAUACUGCUUCCUAGUUUGUUUACACAGAAAAUUUACUUGUCUUGCCCCUAACUCUGGAAAGGGCUAACUGAACAACUUUCUAUCCUGGAAAUAGCGUUGAGGGAAUGCUGCAUUUGUUUUUUUUUAUUUUUGGAACAAAACUUUGACCAAAUGAUUUUGUGUUUUAUAUGUAUAUUUUUAAAGUGGGAUAGUGUCACAUUGUUGCCAUAAUUUCUUUUUGAUCAGCACCACCUGCUGGUGACUUGUAGUACUGUUGGAAUAAACUGUCUUCAUAUGAUGUGAAAAAACAACAGGCAGCAUGGAGGUUGGUUGAUUGAUGCACCAUCAGGAUAUGUGUUCUCUUUUUAUUGCUAAAAUAUUUAUUAGACAAAUACUCAAAUUUUAGUGACUGUUGGUUUCACUUUUUUAUAUUGAUAACAGUACUGAAUUUGCAAAUAAAUAAUAAGAUGGCUUUGGACUGCAUUCUACGUCACCACAAGAAACUCCUCUAAGGCUGCAAUCCUAACUCCACUUAUCUGGGAGUAAGCCCCAUUGAAUUUAAUGGGACUUGUUUCUGAGUAGAUUUGGUUAGGAUUGCAGCCUAAAUUUGUCUUACUGUUUAGAAUUAACUUGAAUCCAGAGUCUUUAAUAAUGAAAGCUGGUUCCUCUUGGUACAUACUGAUUUCCUAAGCUAGAGUGUUAUUUUAUUCUAUUGUCCCUGGAGUCUAAAAUGCUACAAUUCGACAGCAUAUCAAGUGUUUCAAGUAAAGACUAUCUUAGAUUGUCGGGAUCAUGAUUAGUUAUAAAGCAAAUCAAUAAUAGGCUACUCCAAAAGAAACAGUUUUGCUCCCAGCUCUGUUUUUCUGUUCUCUAAAACGCCACAAGCUGUUACAAUGUUUAGUAGAAAAAAGGUUGACUAUAUUAUGAAGUGUCUAGGAAAAAAUAUAAUUGUGUUACAAUGUAUUUUUCUACUUUUAGCUUUGUCAUUUUCUUUGUUUUUUACUGUGUAGUUUUGUGUAUUAAAGCGUUUCUAAACAAAUGAAAAUUCUUUAUAUAAAUUAUAUCCCACACUUUCCACACCCUUAUUUUGUACUAUAAAGGGCUCAAAACACUUUGGGGUUGUUUAAUAAAAAAGCCUUUUAUUGUUCUGCUUGGAAUAAA